UUUUGUAAAAAUAAUAUUCAUUUCGAACAUUUUUUAAAUGUAAAUAGAGGAUCAUAUCAUGUUGUAUAUUAUUUGGAUUCUAUUAUUUGAUGCAGAAGAUAUUAUUCUAUAUUUAUAAAUGACUGAGUUCAAAACUCUGAAGUUAAAAAGUCCCUGUGGGCAAGGGUACCUAUCGUUUGAAUGGAAUGAAUCAAUUAACAAUAAGCUUCCUUCAGAUUCAAUUAUGGAAACAAUACGGUGGGUUUGUAAAGAGUAUUCCGUACUCAAGUCCAUCAUAGACAUCAAAGUCAUUCGACAAGUUGACAGGUCCAGUUACGAUGAUAUGCAAGCUCUUUGCGCCAGGUUCAACCACGUCAUAGAUACGUUUCUGUCCAUGUCGAAAGGAACGUCCAUGGUGUGCGGCAAUCCCAUCGCCUCCUCCGAGCUCCUCAAAUGGAUAAUGGAUUUCGUCUACAUGAGGGCUAUAUCGCAACCCCUGCUUCUCAAUAGAUGCAAGCCCAACUCGUUGCCAGAGACUUACGGGGAAACGAGUUACGAACAAGUCAAGAAGAUUCUACAGAAGCUGAACAUUCAACCCGACGAUACCUUCAUCGACCUGGGAAGCGGCAUCGGUCACAUAGUGCUGCAGGUGGCGGCCUCUACCCAAUGCAGGUCAUGUGUUGGGAUCGAGAAGGAAUCUACCAGGGCCCAUUACGCCAUUCAAAUGGACAAGCAAUUCGGCGUCGUCAUGAAAUGGUUCGGGAAAAAGUUUCAUCAUUACCAGCUGAUUAACGGCGACUUUUUAGAUGCCGAGCACAUUGAUCUCAUCUACCAAUCUACCAUCAUUUUUGUCAAUAAUUUCGCCUUUCGGGAAGUCAAUCACAAGCUCAAAGGUCUUUUCGGCAAUCUGGAUAAUAACACUCGAAUCGUCUCCACGUACCCUUUCAGGACGGAAUAUUUCAAGAUAUCGGACAGGAACCUAGACGAUCCGGCCGCCAUAAUGCGGGUAUCGAAAUACAUGAGCGAUGACGGAGCGUUUUCCUGGACACAAAGCCCAGUUCCUUACUACAUUCAUAUCAUAGACAGGAGCUUGCUCCAAGAAUACUUUGACAUCAAAAACAUCAACGAAACCAAAAAAACUCACCAUCACCACAAACAUCACAAAAAGCAUAAGCCCACUACUCUAGUGAACGGACUUCAAUCUUCUCUCCAUAACGAGAACUCCUCAUCCCAGACGGGAUUGGACACCCUUGAUUCCAUUUCGGAAACCUCUAGCGUUAGCUCUUCCAAUAAAACGAAUCGUUCCAACAGUUUAGAUCCAAACUCAGUUGCUACAUUAACAUCCAGUUUUAAGCCACUGCUUGAAAAAUCGCUCCGCCUAUCUUCCGUCGACUCCCUCGAAUCGAUCCCCUCCCAACACAAAAACCCGGAGAAGGGCGUAAAAAUUAACGGAAAGCGUAUUCCAAUGGCGUCACAUGGUAUAAUGCCCAAAAAUUUCGUCAAAUCAGAAAAAAUUGCCCAAAAAUCCGAGGCCAAAAAGAACGAAAAAAGGGUAUGCAAAAGAUACAAAUUGGUCGAGCCACCAGUCGGUGAGAGUGGUCGUAGCGAUAGGAAUAAAACCAGAAAAAUGGCCAGAACUAGAAAAAUAGGGAAGAAUUCGGCUCAAAAAAGACCCACGGUAUACAGCAGCGAUUCAUCCUGGGACAACUCUGACACGCUGGUUCAAGCAGACCCCAGUGACUCUCUUUCUCACUCCUCACCCGUUUCCUUUAUCGAAAGGGAUUCCAACAGUAGGGACAGUUUACCGCUCUUCAAUUCUCCCAAACCAACGCUCAAUAGCUUUGAUCCUUCUUACCGUAAGAUUGAUGUGGUUGCUUCCACCAUUGCUACCACUCGCAAUCCUAAAAUCAAGGAAACGAGUGGCAGAACCAGUGAAAAUAGGGAGGAGAUGGAGAUACAAGACAUGGAGAUCGAAGAAGAGUUCGAGCCCGUAACUCCAACUAUUCCCACUGACGCUGUUGAUAUCGAAGAUUUAUCCGUUAACACACCGUUAAAAGUGGUCUCGGGCAUGAAUGGACUCGUAGACGUAGAAAAGAUGCCACCUAAAUCGACAUGCUCCCCAACCACGCACCUGGCGUCGUCCAUUCCAUACUUUAUAGAGGGAACCAAAGUCAUCAUCGAAAACGACGGCCCCUGCAAAGCCAAAAUCAGCAAGGUCCACCUCAACCUUAAAAUUAAGAUUAGGCUGAAGGACAACAAAUUCUUAUCUCUCAAUCAAGAUCAGAUCAACGGCCCACUAGAAAUCGGAGGUUUGGUGGAAGUUAUAAGAAACGAUGACUUCUUUUCCCGGAAGGGAACGGUCGAAAAGAUUUCCGAUCACAGUGAUUACACUAUAGAAUUGGCAGACGGGAGAGACAAGAAGGUGGUGAAGCGAAGCGCUAUCAAGACCGUCGUUGAGAUGGGCCUGAGAAAUUAUUCCAAACAAAACAGGAAGUACCCUGACACGAAAAAGGGCCCUUCGUCCCCUCUCCUUCCCUCCUUUCUAUUUACCCGCGCAACCGAAGGCGUCACCGCUUUGCCCGAUCCUGACGCAAGUCGAACUCACUCGAUCUAUCACCCAAAUAAUAAUCACGUAACCGAAGACCAUUUCUCCGAUUUCGAGGCCACCACCGGUUCAUUGUUGGAAGAAACUACAAACGCUACCACGCGCCAAUCAAACACGGUCCUCGCCAAGAAAGGCAAGAAAAGGAAAGGAGACUUUCAAUCCUCCCUAGAUCUUCUCCACGAGCAUACACUUAAUUCCGUCAGACUCGAGGCAUCGUCCUCUAAUUCCACAAGGGACAUUUGCGACAACAUUAUCAGCGAUCACCAGAGCCAAAAAAUCUGCCCUAAACCUGACAACGUUUGUCUCGUCCAACCAAUUUCGGGAAACGUAGAUGAUGGUAGCGUGUUUAAGGUGGUUAAGCCAGCCGGAAUGGAUGGAGAACAGUUCAGGGUGAUCAAAGAAGCAAUGGAAACCUUGUUCCAAGAUUGGUUCUCCCUCUACGGCACUUUGUCCCGCGCAAUCAAAAACAACAACGAUAGCGGACUCAUGGAAAAAUUUGCCGAUCAAAUCUCCUCCCAAACCGCCAAAAAUCAGGGUCUCUACAACAAAAUAGUCGGAGCGGAGCAGGCAAAAAGGGAAAUGGUCGCUGAAAUCAGCAAAUUGCUUCAGUUCAAGAUGAACAAACUAGACUCAUCCAUAACGAAGCCCAUGAAUUUGUCACACUUUGCCAAAAACGUGGUGAAUCUGCAGCACAAUCUCAAAUCAUCCAUAGUUCGAGCCGACACCGAAAUCGAUUACUUGACCACAAAAAAUCGGGAGUUGAAGGAUCGGAUCGGCGAAUUUUCUCGGCUCAUGGCCCCCUUUUCAUCUUCCUCUUCCACCUUCUGCAAUUUACCCCUCACCGCUCUAGCCUCGUUUAAUAGUUCCACUGCGAGUAGCUUCGUUCCUCAAAAUGGUUCAAACGUAUUCAUCCCACCACCCCAGGCGCCACCUAUGUUGAACCUCCUAACCAAUUUUUCGACGCUCCUUCCACUUUCAGCCAAUUCCCAAUCGCCUUCGUUCACCAACAAUGCCAACGUCAUUUCUAAUUCCAAUGCGAUGAAAGGGGCAGCGGCCAACAUGUUACUCCUUAAUUUCAACGGUUUAGAUAAUACCAACAAUCUAAGUAACCUGAGUAACGCCUACUUGAACCCCCUAUACCACCCGCUUAACCUCCUGAACCCGAAUAACUCGGCCGGUCUUGAUAAAAUCAAUGACAACAAAAAGACACUCUUGUUCACCAAACUCAUGCAAGAGCUGGAACGUCAAAAACCCUCAUUUCCGCUUCUCAAUAAUUCUAGCACUUCAUCGUCCAGCGGAAAUGUGAUAGGAACCUUUCAAGGAAGUCUCCCUAAUUUUUCUAACAAUGGCAGCCUCUCGGAUUUGGUCGACCAGGGUGCGUGCGCAUCUUACGUGCGAAACGUGAUAGCGAAAGCUAUGAUUGAGAGCCACUUGGCCAAUUCCUUGCCCAUGGCUAACGGCACCCUUAGAUGUCAGGCUCAGAAUGCCGAAAACUUAGUCAUCAACCAUAGCUCUCAAAAUGCACUCGGCGACAUCGAUAAAGAAGUCAGCGUCAAAACGAAUAACUGCGAGAUUUCCGAGUCCACAUCUCCUAAUAUUUCUAACAACCAUAAAACCGCUCAAACAUCUUGUCAGGAAUCUUUCGAGCAGAACGAUUCCAAUUUGGCUGGAGCGAAAGUGAGCCUCAGUGUUAACAAAUCCAGAUCGACUACAUGCCUAUUUCCCAAGCAAUUGCCGGCUACCCUGAAAUUCAGCAAUGGGCAAAAUGGCUCCGGUAGUUAUAAUAGCAAUAAUCCCAACACUACAUCUUCGAAUUUUAUCGACAAUGGUACAGGAAUUCAGCCAACGUUCAAAUUAGCCGCUACUCCGAUAUCUUCGUCGCUCGUAUCGGUAUUGGAACCGGGCACUAGCGUAAACCUGAAUGAGCACGAAAUCGAUAAUUCGAUAUCCGAUAACGGUACAGUGACUCAAGUCCUUCAAAUGCCGACUCAAGUGACCUCGGCUUCUCAAGAAGAUGGCCUCGAGGGUACUAUCAACACUUCCUCCUUUAAGCAUAGCAAUAUGACUAAUUCCUUCGACAGCGGGAAAUCGGUUAUUUCCUUUGCUUCCAAAACCUGCUUAGCUUUCACCUUGAAGUCCGAAGAAAGAAUUGCGGUUAUGGGAAGUUCUAAGGACACCGUUAUGGAAACCACAUCUUCAGACAUCUCAUUAAACGAGGAAAUGAGUUACAAAACCUUCUUUAAGCAAAUCACGCCACAACCCCUUAUGGUAGGAGCAGGCGAAAAAUUUUUCAAGCGAAGUAACAAGGAAAGUCGGCCAAGCCAUAAGCUAAAUCACCUGGUUUACGCUUCCUCGGGCACUCACUUCAAAUCGCCUACUCCUACUCCAAACUUUAACUCCUCUAACGGGAAUUUCACGCCUACUUCUAUCGUCAAUGGCAUGGAAGAAGGGACUAUUCCGGCUGAUAAGUUGGAUACCUUUUCGACCUCGCCACUCCCUCCUACUCUAUGCAUGCCCUCACAAAUCGUUUCUACCACUCAAUUCGAUACUUCGGCCAUGGAAAUGGUGGCCUCUCUUGCCUUAGCUCACCUAAAACGCGCUUCUACCACAGACCCUCAUUACCUGGAACUCCCCUCAUCAUUUUCAUAUACCCAUGGCUACGAUAAAGUGGGAUUCAAAACGGAUUCAAAAACCGAAUCUGAUACUGAAGAGCAAUUAUCGGAACCGUCGGUUAUUGUUAAAAACCGGUCAGUCCGGUCUGUGGGCUCAGAACGGGACAAGCCUCUCAAGAAACGUAGCAACAACAAUAACAAUAGUGGAGACUGUUGCAAUGAAUCAAAUUCGUCUAGCUUAGCGGCACCCCCCAGUGUCAGCCCGCCGCCCCCUCCUCUCACUUUACCCAAUUCUUCGUUGAAUAUGAAUGGCGCCUUGUUUUCUUCAAAUAGUAUCGUUAUCAGUACUUGUAACACCAGUUCCUCCGUUACCUUAUCUAAGAAUACUACCAAUACAACCAUUCAUGCCACGGAAAAAGAAAACAAUGUUGAUGCAGCCAUCGAAAACGUCUUGAAACGAACGGCGAAUGCUCCACCCCCUUCGAACAAUACCCCAAGAAUUUCUUGUCCAUCGUCACUUACCAACGGUGGAUACCCUUUAAUAGGCAUGCAGACCGAUUACCACCAUGGCCAAAAUUUUUACAAUGGGGUCUCUUUGCCUGGGGCAAAUUAUUAUUCACUUCCCCACAAUACUAAUCAUUCAAUCAACACCGUCAACUAUCACUUGAGCAACCAUUUAAAUCAUCACAAUAUCGGAAACCCCAAUUCAUGCAACCCCUCCUCGAAUAACCAGAUUCGUUACCCAACCCGAAAUAUUCACCACGGCCCACCUCCUCCCUCCUUUUUAAUGUACAAGCCUCCUUUGCCUCAAGCGAUUUCUUCCGGCUCCGCCAACAGUAAAUAUCACUUACCCUAUGCCGCCUCCGAUAAUGCUAAUUUCCAAAUGUACAAUUAUAACAACAGUAAUAGUGGGAGUGUUCACCAUUACCCCAAUACCCUGGACUACAACAGUUUUACUAACCUGAAUAACUUUAGCGGCUCUUUAUCCAACAAUAACCAUUCUACGCCCAACAGUUCAUUCAUGUUUUUUCCGCCCUCCAUGGUCUCCCCCGGAAAUAACACAAAACCUGGAAUAGUCCCGCCCUUUAAUGGCGGAUUAGAAGGAAUCGUUCAUAAGUAUAAAACGCUGGAACCAUUGCAAUCACAGCAUUCUCAAAAUUUAAAUGCCGUUUUAAAUAUAACUCCUCAGUUGAUCCCAUCGCAUCACAAAAAAUAAUCUAGGAAUUUCAUCUUAAAACGAUUUUUCCUCAAAUAAAUAUAUCAUCAUAACAAUUGAUCAGAGUUGGGUUAUACGAUUAUUUUAAUUACUUUUAAAUAUUGUGUUGGUGGUUUGUACAUAUUAU